UGGGAAUCUUCUGGAAUCUUGCAAAUAGAUUGUGUGUUGUUAGGUACGGUACAGUUUUACUCUUUUUCACGGCCAGUUAAGUUAAAAUGUAUUAAACUGUCUAGAAGGCGUUUCCGCUCCUGGCUUGGUGUACUUCCGCUUGUUGCGGAUCCCGAACGCCUCUCGAAAACGUCUAGAAAGUUGUUUUUAAUACCUAAUUAUCUUUCCGUAAUCUGCUUUUAACCCAUUUCUUGGGGAGCAGUGAGCUGCCACUCGGGGAAGCAUACAUACUAACAUGCUCGGGGACCUGGCGUGGCAGUAUGGGAUUAGAACCGGAGACCUUGCAGCCUUCACAGGAAGAAAACGCCUCGCUUUAACCACUAGGACGUGAGGUCUGUAACCUCUAAAUAUUUCUGGGCUAUUUUGCUGCACAGAAAGUAACUCACAUUCAUUAGUAAUCUGGACUAUUAGCCUCCGGGGAGCUAACGCUGCUAACAACAGAGACGUAAUCAGUGUUUAUUACGUUGGAAGCUUUUUUAUGGUUCAGAGCUACAAGACGAGUCCAGACUCCGAGUUAAUCAGAAUGUGCGGGACAGACUCCAUCCUCUGUGGACACCUCCUCUAACCUUGAUGUCCAGCUGAGGACCGAGAGACUGGGGACAGUUCCAGAGAGGACACAGAGCUGCUGACCAAGUUUCAAUCAGAAGAUACAGGUUACAUGACUGAAACCUUGAUCUACUAGAACAGGUGAAGGUUCUAGACCAGGAUUGUGAAAAGGAGAAUCCCAGGUUUACAGAGGAUGUCUGAGAUGAUGAAGGUUGAAGCAGAGGAGCCUGGACUGUGUCUGGUGUCCUCCAUACCUGCAGCAUCCACAUCAGAACUGGAGCAGAAACAAGACAACAAGGAUCCCAUCCAUCAGGUUUUGGUGGUAAAAGAAGAAGUUCCCCAUGACUGGAGCCCUAGUUUGGACCAACUGGAAACCAAACCCCCCCACAUAAAGGAUGAAGAGCAGGAACAGUGGAUCAGUCAGGAGGAAGAGCAGCACACUGUGAAGAUUGAAGAUGAAGAGAAACCUCAGUUAUCAGAGCUUCAUCACUUAAAAUCCGAAGACAACAGAGAGACACAAGCUCGAACUAGCAGCUCGGCUGAAGAGCUGAAAACAGAACCUGAUGGAGAGGACUGUGAAGGACCAGAACCAGACAGGAACCCAGAUCCAGUAUCUCUUUCUCAUCAAACCAAGAUGAUAGUUAAAAAAGGAGGUAAAACAUCUAAGCUGUGUUCCAAACGUACAUCUAAGAUUGGAGUAAAAACUGAAGAGAAACCAUUUGGGUGCACUGUUUGUGACAAAAGAUUCAAAUGUAAGGAUUCUGUAAAAUUACACAUGAUGGUUCACACUGGAAAGGGGGAACAUAGUUGUGAUCUUUGUGGUAAAACAUUUAGAGUAAAGUGUUACCUUCAAACACAUAUGAGAGUCCACAAUGGAGAAAAACCAUUUGCUUGUGAUAUUUGCUCUAAAAGAUUUUAUGCAAAGGCAUAUCUUAAACUUCACAUGAAACUCCAUUCUGCAGAAAACCCUUUUUCUUGUGAUAUUUGUGGUACACGAUUUAAAAUUAGGGAAAGGCUUAAGAAGCACAUGUGGAGGCACAAUGGAGAGAAACCAUUUGUAUGUGGUAUUUGUAGUAAAAGGUAUUUACAAAAAGAGGGUCUAAGAAAUCAUUUGCGUGUUCAUACUGGAGAAAAAGAAAAAGCAUUCAUUUGUUUGUUUUGUAGUAAAGGAUUUUCACAAAAACAGGGCCUGAAAACUCACAUGCGCAUUCAUACAGGUGAGAAACCUUUUUUUUGUAGCGUUUGUAGUCAAGGAUUUUCACAAAAAGGAGAUCUAAACCGUCACAAGCGUAUUCACACAGGCGAGAAACCGUGUAUUUGUAGUGUUUGCAGUCAAGGAUUUUCUCGAAAAGGGGAUCUCACCCGUCACAUGCGCGUUCACACGGGCGAGAAACCAUUUGUUUGUUGUGUUUGCAGUCAAGGAUUUUCACGAAAAGAGGAUCUAAAGAGUCACAUGCGCGUUCACACAGGUGAGAAACCGUUUAUUUGUAGUGUUUGCACUCAGGGAUUCUCACAAAAAGAGAGCUUGAAAACUCAUAUACUCCUUCACACGGGCGAGAAACCAUUUAUUUGUAGUGUUUGCAGUCAAGGAUUUUCACAAAAAUGGGAUUUAAAGAGUCACAUGCGUGUUCACAUUGGUGAGAAACAGUUUGUGUGUGAAGUUUGUAGUAAAGGAUUUUCACAAAAAGAGCAUCUAAAGACUCACAUGCGCGUUCACACAGGGGAAAAACCAUUUACCUGUCAUAUCUGUGGUAAAGGAUUUUCCCAGUCAGGAGGACUGAAAACACACAUAGCUGUUCACACCAAACAAUUUAGCUGUAGUGAGUGUGGAAAAUGUUUUGUAAAGCGAAUAUCAUUGGAACGACACAUGAGACUUCACUCUGAGGAGAGACCAUUUGGUUGUGAUGUCUGUAAAAGCAGAUUUAAACACAAGUCUCACCUUGAAAGUCACAUGAAAAUCCAUUCAGGGGAGUAACCACCGCUGUGUAGUGUUUCCUGUGAAGCAUUUGCACAACAUGGAGUUCUGCAGAAACAUAUAAAUCAGGGUUGUCCAACUUUUGAGCAUGUGAAUUUUUUAACCUGCUCUACAAAUAUAAUCGUUUUAAUUAAACAAAUCAGUCAAAUUUUUCAGAGGAAAGGGAUGUACAGUAUCAUGUAUAUCCAAAAGUAAAAAAAAAAAAAAAAAGUUCUCUCCCAUUUGACGUGUUAAAGGAUGGUCACCCAGUCUGCAAAGUACUUUGGGCUCGGUUGGGGUGACAAAAAAAAAUUAUUAUUUUUGCUUUAGCAAUAGUAAUUAUCAGGAUUGGUCUCAGUAUUUCUUUGAGAACAAUUGCUGUACUUAACCAAUUUUAAUAAAUUAAUUCAAAGCGGAUUUUACUCCACCAAAGUGUGCAUUUGGUUAAAAGUCAUCAGAUAGAUGCUGUCCUAUUUACCUUUAGGUGAGAAUGUAAAAAAUUUUGUUAAUUAAAGACAAAUGCUUUGUUUUUCACUGAAUAUUUUCAAUUGUAUGAUUUUAUCUUGUCUGUAAUAAUUUUUUCCUAAACAAAAAUAAAUAAUAAAUCCUUCCAUCUGUACUAGGCACCUAUGCUGAUGAGCCAAAAGUUUCUCGAAAUGGAGUUGGGGUGGCUGCACAAAAUCAGUAUAGGGGCUGAACUUUUAACAUGCCUGAUUUAAAUGGGCACGAGGGAUGCAAACAAUGAUACUUCUGACAAUAGACCAGGGCUGAGCGAU